CGCCUGAGCGCGAGAAGUUGUGUGAUUAUACUUUCUGCGUCCGCGAGUCCGCGAGGGUCUGCUCAGGUCGGAGUGACGCAAAUUUCGCCAUGAGCACCGCGUGCCUGCCUGUUUCUGUGACUGCGCAGACUUGUCCGGAUAAUUUAUAUUACAGCCCACUAACUAUGCAUGCGCCACAGGCGGCGCACUUUAAAGACGUAUAACAGUUAUAAGUACUUCUCUGUCGGAUCUCCAGGUACACAGUAAAAUCAGGGCUUUAAUGCAAGUUCUCCACUGACGGGUCCGCGCGGUCAUAAAAAACAACAAACAGGAAAGCACGCGGACAUCCGCACAGACCCUCGCGCAAGCCCUCUGAUGACGAAAUUUCUGCCACUGGUACCCAGGGGGACUCGCGGACGAGGAAAGUAUAAUCGCCGCUUAACUCGUUGACUGACGGUCAACCGCGGAGAGAGGAAAUGCGGCUUUAUUCGAAGAAGAAGAACGUUAUUGUGGCAGUGCUGCUUCUCAUCGGGGGAUUAUACUUCAUUAACCAUUCAGAUGUUCUCCUGACUGCCUUUGCAAGAGCACCUGAACCAGUUCCUCAUGAGUUAACAUGGCAAGCAGAGAGACUGGUUAGUAUGGAGUCCUGGGUUGAACAGGGAGAUUAUCUUACUCUCAAUGUGUCCUAUCAGCUGCUUGCCGGAGUGUUACGUACUGAACAGAGGUAUUUAUCUGUUGGAUUAUCCUCAGUAAAGAGGACGAAGGGCAGCUAUCUGGUCCCCACAUUGCGGUCCCUCUUCUCCCAGUCAUCUCCUGAUGAGCGCGCCUCCAUGGUGGUGGUAGUGCUGCUAGCAGAUUUCGAUGUCAGAUGGAGAAUUACUACUGUCAAGGAGCUCAAAUCAAAUUUUGCCUCUGAGCUGGAACAAGGUGACCUUGUGGUCAUCCAUGUUUCCCAGGAUUGGUACCCUCCUAUUACAGGUCUAAAGAGGAAUUUCAACGACGCUCCUGAAAGGGUAACGUUCCGCUCCAAGCAGAACCUGGAUUAUUCCUUCCUGAUCCACUACUGUGUAGGUCUUGGACGUUACUACCUGCAGCUAGAGGAUGACGUCUUCUCAGCAAAAAGCUUCCUAACAACCAUUAAGAGGCGCGUUGAGGAGCAAGAAGCAAAGAAGAGUACUUGGGCAACGUUGGAAUUCUCUGCCCUCGGCUACAUCGGGAAACUCUACAAGUCAGCACACCUUCCUCUACUGGCCCGCUUCCUCUUCCUCUUCUACCAGGAAAUGCCCUGCGACUGGUUGAUGACUCACUUCCGAAUGGUGAUGACUCAGAAAGAGACCAUCCUCAUCAAACCCGCACUUUUCCAACACAUGGGGACUUUCUCUUCCUUCAAAGGCAUAUAUAACAAGCUAAAAGACAAGAACUUUGAGGAGGAUGUCUACACAAAUCCAUCAGCUGAAGUUUACUCUGACAUGUCCACUUAUAAGAUGCACUUCCCCAAACUGGCUUGGGAUGCUGGUGAGGGAUUCUUCUGGGGCCGCUCCCCAGAAAAAGGAAAUUGCCUGACUGUGGUGUUCACUGUACCUAUAGUGGUGACAGGGAUAUUUGUAGAAACAGGGUCAGGGGGCAAAGACAUCUUGGAGUCAGGUGAGGUGGCGUUAGGUCGCAAUGUGGUGGCUAAAGACAACGGGAAGAGUUGUGAAGAGUUCGAGUCAUUGGGCACCUUUGAGAACGGGAAAUUUGAAAUGCAGGAGGUGGAUAGAAAGUACAGCUCAGCGUCUUCAUGUCUGAAGAUACAAGUCACAGCUGCUCAGAAGGACUGGAUGAUCAUUAGGAAAAUCAGAAUCACCACAAAUCCGAGUACACCUCCUCAAUAGGCGUGGCUCUUAAUUCUUCCUGACAGAUGAAUGACUACUUUGGUCUGCCAAACUGAACUUGGAACUUGUGUGCCUUGUUAAAUUGUUUCUUUAAUCAAACAUCAAAGUGCUUUACGCAAGCUGUCACUUUAAGGCAAGUGUGACCAAACUGUGCUUAUGUGCAGUCUCUUCACAGAAUGAACGAGCCAUAAGCAGGCAGCCAGCUCCACAUGUUGUACUGUAUGCAUUUAUUGUUCACACUUUUGGAUAAUUGCACUAUGUAUGAACCUGCACUCACUCCUCAUUUAUUUCAUGUUCAUUGUUCUAAAAUGUAGAAGAGAGGAACGGCGCAGUAAAAUCCACGUGUUCAUUAUGAAUCAUGUGGUCAGGGAUUCAUUUACAGGAGACCUCGGACCAGAGUUAUUACACAAACUACACAAAGAGGUGUGUGUGUGUGUGUGUGUAAUGACGUAAAGACGGUCACAUAUGUAGUCUGACCUGUUUAUAAAGAAACAAAAUAAAAAACAAAACCUGUGUUUGUUUUAUUGUUUGUUUGUUUUAAACACAGAUUUUGCUUUGUUAAAGCCUCAGUUCCUUUUUCCAUUAAGUAGUUUGGGUCCUGUCUGAUUGCAGAUGGGUGUACUACAAAGAGUAAUGGGUUACUGAGGUGUGUUGAGUCUAAAGCCAGUUUUCAGUGUCACAAAGGUGAAACGGUGGCUUCAUCCUGUUGCCUCACAGCAGGAAAGUUCUCGGUUCACAUGUGCCGUUUGGGGUCUUUAUUUGGAAUCUGCAUGUUCUCUGUGUGCUGUUCUCUCUGGGCUCUCUGGCUUCUGAGGAUGCCCCUCUUGCCAGUUUUGCUGUCGUGGUAUAUUUGUUUGGUUUCUUCCUGGCACUUGUGACCUGUUUCUUGGCUGAGCUAUGACGUACCCGGUCAGCCCAUUUCAUGCAAAAGAAGAACACGUCCCCCCUUUUCUGAGAGCACCCACAGAACCCACACGAAGUAAAUUUAGAUUAACAAAGUAAAUCCAUCCAUUCAUGGCUAGAGGCAGGAUAUUAAAUUGGGCUGCAUACGGUUUCCCAGUGAUUGGCUUUAUAAAGGAGAACCAUGUGUAUGCAAGGCUGUACAAAUGUGCCAAAAAAGAAUGUACAUGUGCAUUUGCUGCAUUUCCUUAUCCCAAAAUCUGAGCUGUUGGUACACUGAAUACUUCUAAUGUUACUACGUUACCAUCUGCUUGUGUGGGAGAACAAUGUCUUUUAUUCUUCUGCAGGAUUCAGGGUCAGCUGACAGAACAAUAAGACAUUCUUGAUUGGAGCGUCAGCUUGACAAAAUGUCUAUCCCAGUAGCAGUAAAAGGCCCAGGGGACGUGAAGGGAAGAUGAAGUUUGCAGUUAGCGUGGGAUCACUAACAUUUUAUUUAGUUCUCUGGGUUAUCAUUUUUAUUUUUCAUGAUUCAAAUGCUGGAAAUGGCUUCAGUACAACUGGUCGACACUACUGCUGUUAAAAUGUAUUUAUU